AUGUGGACACUUCGCUUGCUGGACGGUCGGCGGAUACCCAUGAUUGGUUUAGGCACACUCACCAUCACAAACGAGACCGUUAUCAAACAGGUGAUCGAUGAUGGUCUAACGAUAGGGUACCGGCACAUCGACACCGCGUACUACUAUAUGAACGAGCGGUUUGUCGGCGAAAAAUUACGGGAAAUAUUUUCCCGCCCCCGCGGGUCGGGACCGAGCGGGAUUGGGCUCCAGAGGCGGGACAUAUGGGUCACUAGUAAGCUGUGGUGCACUUAUCACAGUCGGGCAAAAGUGGCCGAGGGUCUAAAACUAGCCCUAAAAAAAUUAAAUAUACAAUACCUAGAUAUGUUUUUAAUACACUUUCCGUUUGGGUUUGAAUAUGGCGGCGACGAUAUACCUUUCACCCCCGAUGGGUUGACACGUGACUCAAACAUAUCAGUGGUUGAAACCUGGAAGGGUAUGGAGGAUGUUUACCGAGCGGGCCUGGUCAAAUCGAUUGGUGUAUCAAAUUUUAAUGUGGAUCAGCUGAAUAGAUUGAUGCGCCAGUGUCAGAUUAAGCCCGUGGUUAAUCAGCUCGAGAUACAUCCAUAUUUGAGCGAGGUGGAAUUGGUACAAUUUUGUCAACGUAUGGGCAUACGAGUGGAGGCCUAUAGCCCUCUGGCCAAAGCAAACCAGACCCUAUUAAAUGAGCCCAUAUUGAUAGAAAUUGGCCAAAAAUACAGCAAAACGCCUGCCCAAGUGAUAAUGCGCUGGCUCAUUCAACGUAAUAUAGUAGUUAUACCU